AUGUUACCCCCUCCCCAGCCCAAACCCUUCUCCAUCGCCAUCGUCGGCGGCGGCAUCGGCGGUCUCUGCCUCGCCGUCGCCCUUGUCCAUCAUAAUGUCCGGGUACACGUCUACGAGGCCGCGCCCGCAUUCUCCGAGAUCGGCGCCGGCGUGGGCUUGGGCCCCAAUGCGCGCGCUGCUCGACCCGGCCAUCUUGGCAGGCUACGAGCGGUGCCAGACGACGAAUUUCGCGUCGCCCGAGGAGCAGGGAAGGUUUUUCAAUUUUCGCUACGGGAUGGAGAAGCCGAGCAGAGACGGUCAGGUCGGGGGGGAGCCGCGAGUUUUGACAAGAGGCUUGUGGGGAUUGAGGACGAGGGCGAAGAAGGGGUGGUGCUGAAGUUUUCGGAUGGUACUCUGGCAAUACAUGAUGCUGUUGUGGGAUGCGAUGGGAUUAAGAGCCAGGUGAGGAAGCUGUUGCUGGGAGAGGGAAAUAAGGCGAGUGAGCCCGUGUUUUCGGGGCACUAUUGUUAUCGUGGGCUCGUGCCAGCGGACAAAGCGAUAGAAAUCCUGGGCGAGGAUCUAGCGACCAACAGCCAGAUGUACCUGGGAAAUCACGCUCAUGUGCUCACGACACUGAUCGAGCAAGGGAAAGUUGUCAACGUAGUUGGGUAUCGCACUAAAGAAGACAAGAGAUGGAACGACAGCGCGUGGGUGAAGCCCACGACGAAGGAGGAAAUGCUUGCCGAGUUCGACGGCUGGAGUAAACCGGUAAAGAGUAUACUUGGUCUGAUCGAAAAGGUGGAUAUGUGGGCAUUGUUUGACCACCUUCCGGUAGCAACGUAUCAUCGAAAGGGCAAGAUCUGUCUACUGGGCGAUUCAGCACACGCGAGUACGCCUCAUCAUGGCGCCGGUGCUGGCAUGGCAGUGGAAGAUGCCUUGAUCCUGUCAAAAUUGCUGGCUUCGAUCAACAGUGCAGGUGAACUGGAGAGCGUCUUUUCUGCCUAUGACGCGGUGCGGAGACCACGGUCCCAGAGAUUGGUGGCUUCAAGCAGGAAAGUGGGCGAUGUUUAUAACUUCGAAGACGCAGCCAUUGGAGACAAUAUGGAAGCAGUGCGGGAAUACUUGCAACAUGCUUGGGAGUGGAUUUGGAAUGAAAACUUGGACCGCCAGCUUGAAAACGCGCAGUUGUUGUUGAAGAUGCGCUUAAAACAGCUACGAAGUCCAGAAGCUCACUCAAAUGGAGUCAACGGAGGAACCUGA